AUGACAAAGGAAUGGAAACCAUUAAACGUCGCAGUAUUAGGUGCUGGAUUAGGUGGUCUUGCUGCAGCCAUUGCCAUGAGAAGAAAUGGUCAUACUGUUACAGUUUAUGAAAGAUAUCACUUUGCUGGUGAAGUUGGUGCCUCAUUAUCGUGCGCAUCAAAUGGUGGUAAACAUUUGAAGGAAUGGGGAAUUGACUUUGAUGCCGCCAAACCAAUCAUCUUGAAGGAUUUAAUCAGGCACGAUUGGAAGACGGGCGAAAUCGAGGGUGUUUACAGCUUGGGAGACUAUGAGAAGGCUUUUGGAACUCCAUACUAUAACUUUCACAGAAUAGACAUUCAUAAUGUUUUGAUGGAUACUGCAACACAAGAAAAGGGGGAGGGUACACCAUGUAAGUUGUUAGUUGAUUAUAAAGUCAUUGAUGUCAACCAUGAAAGUGGGCACAUGGUCUUUGAAAACGGCAAAGAAGCAUAUGCUGACUUGAUUAUUGCAGCAGAUGGCAUCAGAUCUACAACAAGAGAGAAAAUUGGUGUCAUACCAGAAUUUGGGAUUUCAACCUCAUGCUGUUACAGAUGCUUAUUUAGGACAGAAGACGUUCAUAAGUUGGGAUUAAAGGAUUUUUCAAAGAAUGAAGCCAUUGAAUUUUGGGGUGGUAACGACAAAAAUAAGAUUGUUUUGUCUCCAUGUUCAGAUGGUGAAAUUGUUUCAUGUUACUGCUUCUAUCCGGCUGAGAUCAAUGACUUGCGUGAAGAUGGUUGGAACAAUGAAGCUACUCCUGAGCAAUUAUUAGCCACAUUUCCAGAGUUAGAUGGUGCCUUGAAGGAACUAUUCAAGAUUGCGUUUGAUAUCAAACAAUGGAGACUAUAUGUUCACAAACAGUAUCCAUAUUGGGUCAAGGGAAAAGUCGGCUUAUUAGGUGACGCUGCCCACCCUCAAAUGCCAGAUCAAUCUCAAGGUGCAGUGAUGGCAUUUGAAGAUGCAGCUGCCUUUGGUUACAUUUUCAGCAAAAUGUUUAAUUUUUCCCCACAAGAUGGAUUAAAAGUGUAUCAAUCUGUUAGACAACCAAGAGCCAACAAAAUUCAAGCCGCUUCAUUGAGAGCUAGAGAAAACUUGAAUGAAAGAAUCGGUUGGUCUUCGGGAGCUGCUGAUUUGAAAGAUGAAAACAGGCUUACAAUCGAAGAAGUUUGUUCGUAUAAUAUCAAGGCUGAUAUUGAUCAAAUUGUCAAGAACAUGGGUCUUUGA